GAUUUAGUAUUACUUGUUUUAUUAAAUGUCUUCGUUACAAAAUAUCAACACAAUAUUCAAAUGAAGAUUUGGGAGUAAACUUUUUAUAUUUAGUUUCAGGAGCUACACUUGCUGGAGGUAUAAAUAGAAAUUCAUUUCAAACUGCAUUAGUUACAAUAGAUAUUACAAAUCAAUGUAGCAAACCAUCUUAUUACAAUUAUCAAACUCACCUGUAUAAACCUAUAAUAGAUGAUGCAAAACUUAGUUGUGAAAUAAUUUUAUUAGAAAUUCUUGAUCAAUUAAAAAUAAUUAAUUCACCAGAUAAAGAAAAAAUAUUACCUAUAGGCUUCAACUUGGAGUAUUCUCAUUUAUCAAAACUUAUAGAUAGUAAUUCUUCAAUAAUAUUACAUAAUGGAAAUUUUAGUGGAACUUCAAAACAAAUGGAAUAUGCAAUUUUACUUGAAUUAUUAAAUAAUAUAAUGCCCAUAUUAGAAGAAACUGAUUUUACCUUACAUAUUUGCAUUGAUAGUGACCUUGAAACCAAUAGAACCUUGACAUAUAUUCCUGCAGUAAGCCAUAUAUUUGUGGAUCUAAAACAUAUUAUAGAAGGUUUAAUUCAGCAUUUACUUGGUAAUUAUAAUUUAUGUUGGAGUGAUAUAUGUUGGAUAAAAGAUAAUCUAGAGUUACAAUUACAAAAACCAAUUUUAAAAAACUAUACACAAACUGAAAUAAAUAAUUUUAAAAAUAUUUUAACUACAAUUUUUCAUAUACUAUUUGAUCAAGGACUUGUGACAACAUUUCGUACAUCCUAUAAUGAGGCGUUCAAUAGAAAAAUUCUAAAAUAUUUAGAUAAAAGAAUUGAUUAUUGGGUUUCAUAUUGUAUACGACAUGCAUUAGUAAUAAUUGAUCAAAAUAAUGGAUUAGAUACAAUGAUAUCUAAAGUUUAUAUGGUAGCAGAAUUAGUAUCUUAUAGAAGCAAAAUGAUUGAUCAAAUUCAUGAAAAUAUCUUUUGGCCAUCAUUUGGUAAUCUUUUGAUAGAUUUCGGUAUUAUUGAGCAAAUUAUCGAUAAACAAUAUGUACCUAAAGAACAAUGGUCAGAUCUUGAAAAAGAAACACUUGUUUUACUUGCUGUUUCUAAAAUAUUUGGGUUUAAAGAAUUUCGAGAUGGUCAAAAAGAAUCUAUUAUCGCAUAUUUGAAUGGAAAUGAUACAUUUGUAUCAAUGAAAACUGGUGGAGGAAAAACUUUGUGCUAUGCUUUGUUAGCUAUUUGUUUUGAAGGAUUGACUAUUGUUUUUAGUUCUCUCAAAGUACUCAUGAAAGAUCAAAAA